CUACACGCUAAACGAUUAUGACUACUUUUGUAACUAAUAAAAAAGCAUUCAUGUCAAUGAACCGGGCCUGCUACCGUCUCCUUCAGUACAUCGUGUACUGAAUAGUUUUACAAAUAUUUGCUGGUACAGCUGGUAAUAGUGAUGAUCAGCUGAUCAAAUAAAUACUUAUUAAGUUAGCGGUCUGUUAGUGUCAAUUGUCAAUGUGAUUAACGCUGUCAAAUUUGAUGGUUUGAUAUGUUUCGUACGAGAAGUUAAAUUUUUAUGAAAAUUGAGAAGUGUAGUAGAAAAUUUGGCGAAUUAUUAUGAAUUUUAAAACUAAUUUUUAAGUUACAGUUUUAUUCUUUGGAAGAAUGUUUUGGAGAAAGUAAUACACAUUUAGAACUUGUGUAAUCUUAUCCUAAAGUAGAUCUUCAAACCCACAAGUGUUUCUCUCCACAACAACGUCCAUCUAAUUUGUGUGAAAAUGGCAUACAUUAGGAAUCCUCUUCAAGCUGUCUCAUAUAACAGGUUCCGUCCAUUACCACCACAGGAUUUAAUCGAGAAAAUUGUAACUUUUUUAAAAGAAGGGAUUGAUACAGAUUAUCCUCUUAAGCAAGCUCUGGACGUGGGGUGUGGCUCUGGUCAGAGCACAGAGAUCCUCUCACCCUACUUUGAGCAAGUUAUUGGUCUAGACAACAGCGAAGAGCAACUCUUACAUGCAAAAGGAACAACCAAAUGCCAAAAUGUAUCAUACAGGUUGGGAAGUGCAGAGGACUUGAAAGUGGCUGACAGCAGUGUAGACUUGAUCACUGUGGGGAUGGCUAUCCACUGGUUUGAUCUACAGCAAUUCUGUAAGGAAGUUGACAGAGUGCUGCGUCCCCGUGGAGUAUUGGCUGUGUAUGGGUACAACUUUCCUAGACCUUCAGUCGGCUGUGUCUCUCUGGCAGAUGCUGUGUACUCGAUGUUCACGGACACUCUUGGACAGUACAUGCCAGCUGAGAGUAGACUUGUCUACAUUGAUGGCUACAGAGCUCCACAAUUCUCAAAGUUCCCAUUCAGCAGCCAGUCUCCACUCCGAUUUGAAUUCUCUUCAACUACGCAGAAGGCAAGUAUUGAAGACUUAAUAGGCUACAUAAGCACUACGUCUUCUUACCAGAAUUACUUGGAAAAACAGGGUGAAACUGAAGCUUCUUGUCUUCUGGCAGAUUUCAAGUCUCAACGUAAAAAUGAGCAAAAAACUUUAUAUGGAGGUAUGUCCAAGAAUAGCAGAGCAGCUGGGUGGUGAAAAAAAGUUGGAAGGACUUACAUUUGAUAUUACAUUUCCAUAUUUCCUGCUCUUAAGUCGCAAAGAUUUAUAGCAUAUGUUUCUUGUAUAUUUAAAUCUGAGAUAUUUUAUUAAUUCAAAAUUCAUUUAUUUGAUCAAUAUAUUGUA